CUCGAUUUCUAAGUGCAUAAGCUUAACAAUAUAUGGUUAAUAGCACAUGUUGACGAGUUGAAAUAGUAUUUACAUAAGCCAAUCUUUUGAAUUAAUGCUGCUUUAGGAAAAGCAUGAGUCUGGAUGAAAGCCGCGCUGUUCGCUCUAAUGUGGCCGAGUCGAUGAAAGAAGAAGUUCCAGUUGUCAAUAACAAUGACGACGCAAGUUCAUCUCCCGGACGAUCUUCACCUGAUGCUAACUGUCCCAUAUGUCUCGGCAAACUUGAAAACAAAUCCUUCACUGACAGCUGUCUACAUCAGUUUUGUUUCAAAUGUCUGUUGGAGUGGUCUAAAGUAAAAGCGGAAUGUCCUCUUUGCAAGCAGAGUUUCAAAUCAAUUAUUCACAAUGUGCGCUCAAUCGAAGACUAUGAGCAGUACUACCUCAGCACAACGUCUACUGAAGGAACUCUCUUUGUCUCGCGGGAAAUAUUCGCGCGGCUGGAGAGCCCUGACGUUAACAGGGUACCUCCUAAUGUCAGAUUCAGAACAACUGCGGUUUCGUCGUACUUGGACUACUUUGUUAGAUUGGAGGAAGCUAUUUCCCAUCGUGUUCUUCCUCCUGGGCCCUCAGGACCAUCUAUUAGCAGUGGACCGAUAUGGCAGCGCCGUCGCCAACGUGGGACCAGCGACUUCCGCCGCAACAUCUACCAGCUGGGCAUGUGGGUUCAACGAACUUCCGACGUCACUGGUCGGGUGAGAGAGUGCUCUCCUGAGUUCUACAGGUCAAACCCAGCACAAGUGCAUCGGUUAGUUCCCUGGCUCAACAGAGAACUGAAUGUUUUGUUGUAUGAGAACAGUCCGCACAUCCAGCACGUGAUGAGUCGCAUUCUGGAGCUUAUUACUCAGGUGCCCAUCCGCAGUCCUGGGUUCGCAGCAGUGAUGGCACCCUACAUUGGGCGCAACACUGAACACUUCAUUCACGAGUUCCACAGCUUCGCUAUCUCACCCUUUGACAUAAUCGGUUAUGACAGACAUGCCAACUACGUAGGCCGCAGCCAGAUCAGUGAUUACCAUUCAUCACAUGAUAGUGACAGUGACGUCCAGGUGUUGGAGGAAGGAAUACAUGCUCCAUCUCCCCUGAUUCAACUCGUAGACACGGACAGUGAUGAUUGUAUUGUGUUGGAUACACCAGUGAGACCCCAACCUGAUGUGAUCACUCUAGACUCAGACGGUGACGAUGUCGUACAGAUAAACAUCGAAACUCACCAGCCAAGUCAGUCGACAAGCGGUCAGACAUCAACUGCUUCUACGAGUCAGCAGAGACCUUCUACAUCGCGUAGGCCUCGCCUUAAGCGUAACUGGCUCACUGUCAACAACAUACAAGUACCUUCCACGUCUACUAGCGACAUCAAGGGUUGCGAGAUUUCCAUCAGCAUCGCUCAUUCCAGCCGCUCUCUCAGCCCAACAGUUUCGGAAGAUUCUUCAUCUUCAUACUCACCUGUUAGGAGGAGACCGUCCAAGCCCAAGAAGAAAGCUCCGAAGAAGAAAAGUCGCAAAGGCUGGAAUACGUCCGUGCAAGUCACUGUUGAUUGAAAUUUGUUUUGAUGCAACAUUUCCUACCUCAUAUCUAAUGAACUGAACUGCCUUAUUUCUUUUAGAAAAUUCAAAUGGUUUGUAUGUGUUAGGCCUAUUAUAGGUUUUUGAUUUAAAAUAGAAUUGUCUACAUAAUAUGUUAAAUUUCGGCUGAAUUGACAUAAUAACUAUCCAUAGUAACAUGUUAUUGUAAUUAUACUGUGUAUAAACUUUGUUAUUUGUUUAGAAAAAUAAAUUUACUUGCAUUUUG